GCGAUGGGACGUAACGUAAUCCGCCGUCGUGUCGGGACUGGAAUGUAAGAGAGUAACAAUCGGAACAACUGAGCAAAUGGUGAUUAGGAAGACAGGACUGAACAACUCGGUUCACCAUCUUUCCGGGACCAUCCGCCAGCGAUAAAAGACACACCAAGUGUUCUGGCUGGUUCCUUUCUCUCUCUCUCUCUCUCUCUCGCUCUCUCUCUCCCUCUCUCUCUCUCUCUCUCUCAGUCCUGCGUCCCCAUGAAAGGAUUUACUUCUUGCGUGUGAUGAUCGGAAGAGAGGAAAGGAAGAAGAGUAUAAUGCAGGGAUUCGUGAGGUUAGUGUCGUUAGGAUGAAGUGAAGGAAUUGAUGGAGCUGAAGUGCGCGGAGGUGUGAGGAGAGCUGGGACGCGUGGUGAUCCUACAGAAAGCGAUCAAUCCUCUCAUCAUCAUCAUCAUCACCAUCAUCAUCAUCAACAUCAACAGCAACAAUCUCUGCUCCUCUGGGAUUAAAAGUAACAGAGUGUCCUGCGAUGGAAGUUCAAAGAUACCGACAAACAGACUCGAGCUACGUGUGAGAUUUUAAUGGGAGAAAGAAAUCCCUGAGUAACACACCAGGUUUGUUUACAGAUCUAUCUGUAAACAGGUUUGUUUACAACCCGGUCAGAUAUGAAAUGAAAUGCUCCAACUAGUCAGCCGAGGGAGAGUGCGGGAAUAGCCGGUAAAGUCGCCCACAUGCGCUGGAUCAGCGGCUCGGCACGGGAUCGGUAUCCGAAGCAGAGGGAAGCUCAGGCGGCUCGGGAAUCCUGGCAGGCUGGAAGAUGGCGGAGCGGCGUGGCAGUAGCCGGAGGCGGUGAGAGCCAAACUUCGAGAUUUGUUCGCAGACGUUCGCAGGGCCCGGCUCUCAGGACCCAUGCAGGCCAAAAAGCGCUACCUGGUUUCGCUGCUCACCGGCGCCUUCCUGCUGCUGCUCUUUUACCUGGCGGGCGUCCCGGUGUCCACGGGCGGAAAGAGCCGGCAUGAGCGCAGCCGCCACGGCCAUCGCCGCUCCGAGCAGCCGUGGCCACACUUCUCCGACCCCUUAAACUCCUUCAGCCCGUGGGACCAAACCGACACGGAGGAGUACAAUAUCCACACGUCUCCCAGGCAAAAGCGGGACGUGCACGCCAGCGUGUAUAAGGGCAAGCGCUGCCGCAUGGACUCGUGCUUCGACUUCUCGCUAUGUCGCCGGAACGGCUUCAAGGUGUACGUGUACCCGCAGCAGAAGGGCGAGAAGAUCUCCGAGAGCUACCAGAACAUUUUGGCUGCUAUCGAGACCUCUCGCUUUUACACGUCCGACCCGGGUCAGGCGUGUGUCUUCGUGCUGAGCUUGGACACGUUGGACCGGGACCAGCUCUCCCCGCAUUAUGUGCACAACCUGCGCGCCAAGGUGCAGAGCCUGCCGCUGUGGAACGACGGCAGGAACCACCUGAUCUUCAACUUGUACUCGGGCACCUGGCCCGACUACACGGAGGACCUGGGUUUUGACAUCGGCCAGGCCAUGUUAGCCAAGGCCAGCAUCAGCACAGAGACCUUUCGACCACGCUUCGACGUGUCCAUCCCACUUUUUCCAAAGGAGCAUCCAAAAACUGGUGGUGAGAGGGGGUUCCUCAAGUACAACACUAUCCCACCCUUUCGGAAGUACAUGCUUGUCUUCAAGGGCAAGCGCUAUCUCACCGGGAUUGGCUCGGACACAAGGAACGCUUUGUAUCAUGUUCAUAACGCAGAAGAUGUGGUUCUCCUGACCACAUGUAAACAUGGGAAAGACUGGCAGAAGCACAAGGAUGCACGCUGUGAUCGGGACAACACAGAGUAUGACAAAUAUGACUAUCGUGAAAUGCUUCACAACUCCACCUUCUGUCUGGUGCCACGAGGACGACGAUUGGGCUCCUUUCGCUUCCUGGAAGCAUUGCAGGCAGCCUGUGUGCCUGUCAUGCUAAGUAAUGGCUGGGAGCUUCCCUUCUCUGAGGUCAUCAACUGGAACACGGGCGCUGUGAUCGGAGACGAGAGGCUCCUGCUGCAGAUCCCCUCCACAGUGCGCUCCAUCCAUCAGGAUAAGAUCUUGGCUCUGAGGCAGCAGACUCAGUUCCUGUGGGAGGCCUACUUCUCAUCAGUGGAGAAGAUUGUACUUACCACCCUAGAAAUCAUUCAGGACCGGGUUCUGCAGCACACAGCACGCAGUAGUGUGAUGUGGAACACUCAUCCAGGAGGUCUCUUCACCCUGCCCCAGUACUCCUCCUAUCUAGGCGACUUCCCCUUCUACUAUGCCGGCCUUGGGAUCAAAACGUACCCCAAGUUCACUGCAGUCAUCCAUGCUGUCACCCCGCUGGUGUCUCAGUCUCAGCCCAUUCUCAAGCUCCUGACGGCCGUGGCCAAGUCCCAGUACUGUGCUCAGAUUAUUGUAUUGUGGAAUUGUGACAAGCCCUUACCUGCCAAGCACCGAUGGCCUGCCACCUCCGUGCCCGUCAUAGUCAUCGAAGGAGAGAACAAGGUGAUGAGCAGUCGCUUUCUGCCUUAUGAGAGCAUCCUCACUGAUGCUGUGCUGAGUUUGGAUGAGGACACAGUGCUCUCAACCACAGAGGUGGAUUUUGCCUUCACGGUAUGGCAAAGUUUCCCGGAGAGGAUUGUGGGAUACCCUGCCCGCAGUCAUUUCUGGGACAGUAAUAAGGAGCGCUGGGGCUACACAUCCAAAUGGACCAACGAUUACUCCAUGGUUCUGACUGGAGCCGCCAUCUACCACAGAUAUUACCACUACCUAUACACCCACUUCCUGCCCAGCAGCCUAAAGAACAUGGUGGACCAGCUCGCUAACUGUGAGGACAUCCUGAUGAACUUCUUGGUGUCGGCUGUCACAAAGCUGCCACCCAUCAAAGUAACACAGAAGAAGCAGUACAAAGAGACCAUGAUGGGGCAGUCAUCCCGGGCAUCUCGCUGGGCAGAUCCAGACCACUUCGCCCAGCGCCAGACCUGCAUGAACAAAUUUGCCAGCUGGUUUGGUUCUAUGCCUCUGGUCCAUUCGCAAAUGAGACUGGAUCCGGUUCUGUUUAAAGACCAGGUCUCCAUCCUCCGCAAGAAAUACAGGGAAAUUGAGCGUCUCUGACCAGACGAGCGCCCCCUGCUGAGCGUGCAGCAGGGGGCACUGGGAUACUCAGUGGAGAGCAGGAGGACUGAGGCACAGGAGUCUGUGGGUGUCACUCCUCCACUUUAUUCCACUUAGUGAACUGUUAGUGACUAGUCUGGCAGAAUGUGAGCACUCUCUGGGCUCUUUCAUACAUACACACCCAGAGCACACUUUGGACCACAAGACUCUUUGAAAGAAUGUUUUUUUGUUUGUUUUUUGUUCUUUUUUUUUUUUCUUUUUUUUUUUUUUUAAAUGAAUGCCGUAACGAACAGACGAUCCUUGCCAGCACAUGAGAGAAUAUGGGAGAAGGCAGGAGGGAUGCAUCAGUGUGUCUUCACACACAUCUACAUCAAGAUACGUCAGGAUCUGAACCACAAUUCAUCCUCAGCUCCCAGUUUCAGAACAUGCUACCAUUUUCAUACAUCUCAUUCUUCACAUCUUGCACAUGAAGGCCUGGAGAAUUGAUCGUUUGUAUGUGUACACUUUACAUAUCCUAUAACACUUGGGAAUUGUCUUAUUCAAUUCUUUUGAUAAUUUCAGUACUUUAAAUAAGCAGUAUACACAUUCAACAGGAAGUAAUCACAUGAUCAGAAUUCACUGUUUUACAUUAACAGGACGAAGUUUGCAAUUUUUUUUUUCUCAUUGCCAGUGUCGAAAAGGAAACUCGUUUAACAUGAGGAUUUCUUUUUUUAAUCUGUAUUCCUUUCGUGCCAAGAUUGCUAAUUGCCUUUCGCUGCGAUUAUAGACUUCUAUGCAUUGAAUUUCCUUUAUCAGUUCUGAAAUGUAUAUUGUCUCUUGACAAGCCAAAAUGCGGGAGAAUCGAAGAAUCUGUUUUGAUUAAACUGGCCACUGAAGUUGCCUGUGAAGUGCUCGUAAAGCUCUCGGUGCUGAUUGGGACAGGAUUCAUUGUGUAUUUUAGGCCAAAUUCCACCAAGCGGUUUCUUUCCUCUUUCUCUGCAGAUUUUGAAGAAUAAGCUGCGUGCUGGAGACACGGCACUGCCUCAUUGUUCACCCUUUAUAGUCUUCAGUGUGAUACGCAUCCAUGUGCAGAACGUCUUCAUCCACUACUAAUCUCCACACACUGCCAGUCCUCAGUUUACCUGUUCACAAAUCUGUGUUUUUAAGUUAAGUUAAAUUGAACUUGCAUUCUCUGUCGCUGAUUUUGUAUCAUAGGAAUGGUUAUAUGAUGAUGACGAUGACAAUGAUGAUGAUGAUGAUCAGACCUCUGUACUUCUCUGCAGUGCCGUAGUGUUAGGUCUUUCUGUCAGAGUAGAGCUCUUCACCAGUCUCUCUCACACAGGUCCAUGAAUGUGUGAUGACUUGAAGGAGCAGUGUGCUUUAGUGGCCUUUUAUUUUUUUUUUUUUAAAGGUGACUGGACUUAGUGACCCAGUCUGUGAGCCAAAGUCCUUAUCCCCCCUUCCCCCCCUUAUUUUUACCACAGUGACCAUUACAACAUUAACAAACAACUGAUGCUCUUAUCUUACAAUUACUCAAACACUACAUGACAUUUUUGUGUUCAACAUACAGUGAAAUUUCAAAUAUUUCUGUAUUAGGGUUUUUCAUAGCCAAGCUCUAUGAAUAUGAGGAUUUAUUGUUCUUUGGUUUUGUAUUCUUUACUUUUCUGGGCUAUUUACGUUUACAGAUUACAUUUGUAUUUAUAAUUAUCGACACAUUUCCAGAUAGAGUAGUGACAGUUUUAGGUAAUUGAGCAGGAAAUGAAACACCCCAAGGCAAAUCUGAAUCUCUUCUGUAUGUAUUUGUGUCUGCGGUCUGUAAUGUGUCUUCACCAUCUUGAUGUGGGAUUUUAUAAGAAUCCAUUAUUACGCAGAUGAGGCUUUGAUUUGCAGCACCAUGUGUUAUGAAUGUGUAAAGACAAUUUUCCAGAAGGUUUAGCCGUGAAUAAUUUCUCCGUCUAUCUUUAAACAUGACGGAUGAUGGUAAUUAAAGAGUAAUAGUUAAUUUAGCUGGCAGGAAACACUGGCACACAUCUGGUGAACUGCUAAAUUCAGUAAACCCUCUUAAUUUCAUUUCAUAUCGAGCCUUGAUCUAUGAUUGUGAAUUGUUAUAACCAUCUCAUUUGACAUUUUCAACUUCAACCUUGUACAGUGAUAAAAACAGCUGUUUGACGAACACAGCCUUGCUGUACAUAAUCUGUAUUUAUUUUCUUGCAAAUAUGUAUAGUAUUCACACACUCGCACAACCUGGACAGAAUGUUCUGACAUUUGUACAGCAUCAAAAAAAAAGAUCAUUUUGUGUAAGAUGUCCUUUUUGUUUCUUUCCAACUCAAACUGACAAAAGUAUGUGCAGCUUGUCAUAACACGUCCUUGGCCUCUAACUUUAAUGUGUGGAGUGUAAAUGCAAAAUCAGCCGAUGAUUAUGUGAUGUCACACAGUGUUAACAAUUUGUUCAGACACUUUCAUCGUUCACUGGCACCUUUCUGAAGGCUCAGGCUGCUGCUGCUGCUGCUGCUGCUGCAUAAUCUGUCACCAAAGACUUGUGGUAACCAGCAGCCAUAAGGGAAAUGAUUUUCUCCAGCUAGUGUGUGCUUUUAACAUUUCAUACUUGGGUAAUUUUCUGCCCUUUUGUACCAUGUUUGGGUCAGAGAAUUCUGGGUCUGAGAUUCUUCCUUUAUAAAGCUAUAACUAGCAUCAUAUAUGAAUGAGACAUUAUUUUUUAAACGCUCCUGCAUAACUUUUAUUAGCAAUAAGUAAAACAGCACUUAGAAUCAUGACAGGGCAUGAGCAGUGACCUUUGCCUGAUUGUGCCUUUGAUUAAAUUUGGGCUCUGAAUUUAUGACCGCUUCACAUUAAUGAAGAAGGGAAAAGUAUGUUAAAGUGUAACCUACCACAUAAGCAGCUUCAUAUUCAUUUACACUGGAGUCUCUCAGAGAGCUCUCGUUUGUUCAGUUUAACAUCUGCAGACUUGCAUGACCACUUCAGACUACUUACUCAUCAGCAUCUGAGAACUGCUUCUUUUUUUUUCUUUUUUUUUUUUUUAAAAACAUUAUGACUUUGCACCCUCCUGUCCACCCUCCUUUCUCCUGUAAUUAACAGAAGAAUUUUUAUAGAGAUAAUAAAGAAAAUAGAAUAAUGCCAAUUUUGUAUGAAUGAUUUAUAAGAAAAUGAAUAAAAGUCAUAUUUGAUGGUA